AUGCCUGAUCUUCCGAGGUUUACUAUAUAUCCCGCUAACAUCAACGUAUUAGCCCUGCGCACGGAUGCCGUCCCCCAUUCCAAUGCCUUCACGAAACGGAGUCUGAUGCUGCACCGGCGGCACCGGGCUCUCAAUGGACGAGAUCACAGUCUCAUCCGACGAGAAAACGUUGGGGAGAAAUACUCAGAUUUCUGUGAUGACCGAAACCUCAACAAAUUCCAAUGGCAGAAGAAGGGCAUGGGGGCACAGCUGAAGUUGGAGUAA